CUUCGACUGGCAGUGAGAAAAUAACCUUUCGGAAAGUCAGCAGCGGCGUUAAAGCAUGUCUUUCUGCUCUCCGGUACGAAAUUUCUUCAUCUUCCAAACAGUCCGGCUUAUGUGGUGUUUCAGUUGACAUGGAUUGGUACGGACGGAUAGGGAUUGCAGUUCAUGAGAUAUGAUUUAGCUGAGUCAAGGUGGAGCUCGGAGUCCAAGAUGAGCAAUAAGCAGGGACUGGGCUGCAUCAACCCUCUUAUUCAAAGUAGUAUGGAAGGUACCAUGGGUACUGUAGUCCCCGCGGGGCUCCCUAAAGCCGACAGCCUGCCACACUAUUCCCAUGACAAAGCUCUACCAAUCAGCAGGGCUUACUUUUCUUACGCUUUAAGUGGACAAGAUGCUCUUGACUUUCCUUCUCCAUGGGGCCAUUCAAAAAGCUGCGUCAGAAAUGGGCCAAGUCCAGGGAUUCACUCAUCGACCUCUGAUGGGUCGUUUACAAUUCCAGCUGUUUACAGACCUGAUAAGCUGCCUUUCCCUGUGGAUGCUGGAAAUGGGCGCUGUAGUGGACCCCAAGAGUUGGCAGCGAAGCAGAGGCUGGCCUAUUAUGCCAGCAGUCCAAGACAGCACAGUCCAAGGGCAGCAAGAGUUGUCUCGCCAGUGGCAAUUCCUAAUGGUCAUAUUAGAGGCUCUGAUGCAGAGAGAUGUGUUGGAUUGGCUAUUCCAAAACCAGUAUACAGUCAUAGCCCUUGCUGUACUGAGCGUGGCUGUACUGCCGGGCACAACUAUGGCAUGGAACAUGGCCCGCAUAGGAUGUCCCCUCACAUAUAUGAUGAGGAUUGGGCUGCUCAUUAUAGCCGCCUGGCUUAUCUGCAUAAAAAAGGCCAGGAAGCACUGGCACAACAGAGGGGUUUGCAGUUGGAGCAUGGUGUGGAGGGUAUAAAGGAUGGAAAGACCGGGGGCUACAAUACUGGAUCGAAUGGGCCAAGGAGGCCACUUCCUGUAAUGGAACCAAGCUAUACUUAUAAUGCUCCGCAUCCAUUUAUUAGUGCCACACCAGAGUAUUGCCAUCGUGCCCCAGUUCCUCCACAGAUGUACAAGGGAUAUCCACAUGCUUAUGACCCAAGGACAUUGGCACACCCUGAAGUUUCUUCAAAAGUGUAUCAGGGUCGUUCCCCCAUAUCCAAAUACACACCAGUGCCUCCAUGUCCCAAUAUCUAUUAUCCUCAGAGUCACCCUGAGACUUACAGAACCAAUUCCAGUGCUCUUACAAAUGAGCAUGGUCAGCGCCACCACAUGGGUCAGUUUCAUUCGCCUAGAACAGACUUGAUAUCACCACCCUGCUCUGCUGUGCCCACUCACCAUCCACUGAUCUCAAAAUAUUCUUCUUAUCAUCCAUAUGGGGUCCAUUUAACUACUAACCAAGCACCCACCAAUGAACAGACACAUCCACCUUUUCCAGUGGAUCAGUCAGAACGGCCACUUGAUUUCUCGACACGAAGGGUCCAGACACCAGACUCUCCUCGAGAGCUUUGUAAAACAUAUGGAACUUCUGGGGCUUUCCAUCCUACUCUAUCCCACAACAGAUGUCUCAGUAAUACCCCUACCACUGAACACUCAGAGGUGCCUGGCUCUUUCACUGGUAGUUCCAAAGAAUUUCCCAUGAAGUCCAAUGAAGAGGUCAUGGCGUUCAGGCACUGUAUUUCAAAUUCACCUGACAAUGGUAUAUUAGCUAAAAGGCCUAUAGAGGAACCUGAAACAGACAUAGCUAGUAAAAAGCAAAAGACUUACUCAGUCCACCAGUUGUCAGAAGAUGAACCUCAUUCACCAUCAUCACCACCAAUGCCAGUUAUUAAUAAAGUUUUUAGCUUGGCUCCAUAUAAAGUCUAUUUAGAAGCUACAGGCAUGUUGUCUUCAUCAGGGGAUUCAAAAAGUCCGAAGCCACAGCCUGAGAUGGUGCAGCCUAAACAAGAGGCAGACAUUGAAAACUGUAAUAUACAACCAAAUUCUGGCGAAAAUAGUCUCAGAUUAAAACAAAAAACCCAGACUUUACCAGCUAACAGAGAUGAUCCAGUUGAAACACCAGACGCUAUAAAGAUUAAAACAGAAGAAAUGGAUGAAGGUGAUCCGAGUAGUCAAUCAGAAAUAAAAGAGACAGUUUCUGAGGAGGUAAAUCAUCAGGAACAUGUUUCUGUGCUCAAAGAAGAGCGAGUGGAGUUAGACACAAAAUUGUCUGGCUCUCUUUCUUGUAAAGUUGUAGUAAAGAGUGACUAUGAAGAAGAAAGCAAUCCACCCUCAGUAGAAAAUCAUGAACUUUCAACAUGCAAGACUGGGAAUGCUGUGACAGACAGCAAAGAAUGCACUCCUGUUCCCACAACACCUCCAGCACCUCCUCCACUGACCAAAUUCUCCCUUACCAGAAUCCCACCUCAUUGCCUGAAAUUGUCCAGUUUUAAAAUAGUUAUCCCUGAGGUCUUAAGAUCUCCAAAAACCCAACUCGUGGAAGUUCCUCAAUCUCCGAUGGAGUCGCGUAAGCCCAUUAUAACUAGCAGCAAGCAUGCCCGUUAUCAGUUUAUGGAGCUUCACCAGUCCCUCUGUAGACUUUUACACUGCAAUGUUACUCAAACCCCAUGUCAGGUGCUCAGGGACUGGUUAUGCAAACUGGACGUAUGUGAGUCAGGCAAAGCUCAGAAAGUUUCUUGCCUCUUGGGGUCAAAAAUGAGGGAAGUGUGGCUUAAAGGGGAUGAGAUGGAGGUGGCUCUUCAAAGGGUGGUCCGCCAGCUUCAAAUGUACAUUGACAUCAGUGAAUGCCCCUUUCCUCAUGUCAUGAGGGCUGGUGCUGUGUUCGUUCCCAUGUUGGUGGUCAAAGAGGUGCUGUUUCCUCAGGUUCAAGGCACAUAUAUAGACCAGGUUCUUCAGGAGCAUCGGGUGGAGCUCCGGCCCACCACGCUCUCAGAGGAAAGGCAACUCACUCAACUCCACAGAAAGGCUUUCUCUUCAAAACUCCGGAGACUUCUGUCCCUUAAACACCUGCCUGACAUAUACCCUGAUGUCCUCAACCUCCUCUACUAUGCCAAUGUCUGCAAGUUCCUCGGAGCUGAAACCAGCUUAACCGUCAAGAGAGAGAGCACUGACAGCACAGAUGAAUCCACCAGCUGUGUGAAUGAAGCUGAAGAAUUUAACCUCGAGUCCUCCACAACACUUACACCCCAAACCACUCUCGUAGAACAAACAUACUGCCUGAAAACAAAGAAGAAAAGCAGGGUAAAGAUCUCCUCCAAGAGGACAUUUUUAGACCACAGCAGCUCAUCUGAAGAGGACGAAUCCAGCGCAGGACCCAGAAGGUGGAGCGUCAUCAGCUCCGUACGCAAUCGGGAUCAAUGGGAAAUCACAAAUCAGUGGGAAAUAUCUUCAUGCAGCCACACAGAGCCCCAUGUUGAAGUAAUGAUUGAAGACGAAAGCCAGGAUCACGAGCCAUGGGGGCGACCUUUGACCUCUGACGACCUGACCUCAGGCGAAGAGACGGAAAGCACAUCAUCAAAGUCCAGCCGCAGAUCCAGCAUGGUCCUCAAACUAAGGAAGGUUGUCUACAAAGAAGCUCAUGGAGGCAGAAUCGCCCACUACCAAAAAGUCACUGAUUCUUCUUCUGGGUUUACAAAAGGAGACAGGAAAGGGAAGGGCAAAUCAUCUCGAAACAAAAGACACCACACGGACCGGGACUUUUCGUUCAGGUCUUACACUCAAAACCGUUCCUACCUCUCCAAAAAACGCUGCCGAUGGGUCCUGCGCUCUGCCGUCCAGUCAGCCCAUCUGGAGAACAUAUAUCCUGAUCUAGUGGGCAAGAGGAUCCGACAUUUAUAUGAGGAAAACGAUAAAAGUGAAGUUUGGUAUCGAGGAGUCGUGCUGCGCAUUCACGAGCCGCACAGCAACCCAUUGAAAACCGUGUUUGAGGUUAAAUAUGACAGCGAGCCCGAGUGGCAGUACUAUCUGGAGCUGCUGGUGGAUUAUAAGAAAGGAUGGCUGAAAGUCGAGGACUAGGUUUUUAUGGUAUUACGGUUUUAUUUUUGCACCUGAUAUUUGGAAAAUGUGACGAUGCUGAAUUGAUGAGCAGUAAAAACUUGACACAUUCGGGGAGAUGUGUUUGUGUAAGCAGUGCGUGUGUGACUCUUUGUGUGUUUCUGGUGUCAAUAUUGUCUCUGUUGUCGUUGUUUUUAUGGAGUUGUUGGCAGACAUUCCCAGCUGGUGACAUCACAUGUUGGCAUGCAUGUGAUUGGAGGAAGGGGAAUGUAGUUCAGCAAGAUGUUUCACUGUUUACAGAAUUAUUUUUAUAUUGGCUGCUGUCAUGUGUUUUUAAAAAUAAAACAAAAUAUUAAAUCCA